AUGGCCGGAGAGCUUAAACAUAGCCAAGGCAUUUCUUUGGAGCACUUCAUUCUGCAGGUCAGUAACAGCAGCGGAGAAGUUUUAAUCGCUCUCAUAAACCAACUUCUGGAAGCACCUGGAAUUUACGUUUUCGGGGAUUUUCUGGAACUCCCUUGUGUCCAAGAGAUGGCUAAAGGCCCUAAUGCUGGUUACACAGAGCUUUUGAAAAUGUUUGCUUAUGGAACCUACCACGAUUAUAAAGCACACAGGAGCACUUUGCCUCCUUUGUCAGAGGCACAGAGGAACAAAUUAAGACUGCUCACCAUUGUGAGUUUGGCAGGGAAAAUGCAGUGCAUCUCAUACAGUGUGUUGCAGAGUGCUCUGGAGUUGAGGAGUUUAAGGCAGCUGGAGGAUUUGCUCAUUGAUGCCUUAUCGGCUGAUGUCAUUCGUGGAAAACUGGACCAGUUCCACCAGCAGUUGGAGGUGGAUGCCUUUAUUGGACGAGACGUCCGUCGUCAGAGCAUCGGCAAUCUGGUGGACACCCUGACCCAGUGGUGUUCUAGCUGUGAGAGUGUAUUGUCAGCCCUUGACCUGCAGGUAGCUAAAGUCAGUGAGGAGAGACAGAGACAUCGGAAAACCGAACAUCUCCUGAGCGCUGAGGUGGAGAACAUCUAUAAGAUGGUGACAGCAUCCCCCUCCACCUCCUCUACCUUUGUGGAGCAGGCAGGGGAGCAGGAGAGGAGCCAAAGACAGUCCUGA